UGAGCCCUCGCGCGCAGCCUCGGGCCGGCGCUGUCAGCUGCGUCAUGGCUUCGCGCGGGGCUCGGCCCGCCAGCUCCGAGGAAGUCUGGCUGCAGACUGCCCAGACCUUCAUCCAGAAGACGCUGUGUCCCGCCAGCAAGGAGCCCGAUGCCCAGCUUCCACAGUUGGUCAUUGACUGUGUGAAGACCGUCUGGCUGUCUCAGAAGAGAUCCCAGAACUCCACACUGCCCCUCAGCUACAGCUUUGUCUCAGCAGAGGACCUCCUGGCACACCAGCUUCACCCAUGCUGCAGCCACCUGUCCUGGAGCAGUAGUCAGCACCAGGCCUGGACCAAAAAAGCUGAACCCAAUGGAAGCCCCCUGCCUCGGGAGCAACUGAUAUUUGUAGGGACGCUGACUGACCUGCCUGAAGACUCGGAGCAAGACUUCAGGAAUGGAAGCCUGUAUGUGAGCGAUAACACUGGAACCCUGGGCUGUGAGCUCAUAGAUCUGGACCUUUCUUGGUUGGGCCAUCUCUUUCUGUUCCCCAGUUGGAGUUACCUUCCUCCUGCCAGAUGGAAUUCCUCAGGUCAGGGGCACUUGGAACUCUGGGAUGCCCCUGUGCCAGUGUUUCCUUUGACCAUUGAUCCUGACCCCCCCGUGCCCAUUCCUGUAUUCUACCCGGAGACUGCUUCCUGCCUGCUCUCAGUCAGCAAGCCCAAGGUAUUGCAGCUGAACCUGGCUGGAACUCUGAUUGGAUUGAGUGCUCUGGUGAGGAAUCAAAAGAAAGCUUACUUCGUCCUGUCUCUAGGCAGGCCAUCGGCACCUGAUAGCCGUGUGUCUGUCAUCGUGCAGAACCCCAGCCACCUGGUAUGGCACCGAGUCCUUCAGCUUGACAGGGCUUACGUGCUGACAGGACUGCGAGCGUCCAAGGUCCGUGGUCACCGAUACCGUGUUUGGACAACCGGUCCUUCCUCCCAGCUGAUGCCGCUUAAGCCAGAUUGUGUGCAGGAGCUGGAGUUAGAAGAAUCCCUCUUAGAGCCUGAUCCCCAAGCUUACUCUAUGUCUAGCAGCUCCCAGGAUAGCAGCUCUCAGGACAGUGAGAGGCAAAAAGAUCUUGACCGGGACUCCAAGCUCUUGCAUUAUGAGGGAACAGUCACGGGUGUGUUUAAUGAGCCUGCCGGCUUCUAUGAGCUGGACGGGCAGCUGGGGCUCUGCCUCGCCUACCAGCAGUUCCACUGCUUCAGGCGGGUGAUGCGGCCAGGAGUCCAUCUGAAGCUCCUGGAUGUUCACCUCCUGCAGUCAGUGGGCGGAGGGACAAAGAUCCCGGUGCUGGCCCCCUGCUUCCAUGGCGCUGUUGUGGUUCGGGGCUUCUCUCCUCAGAAGCCCAGCACUCAGUCGGCCUACCAGGUCUACGGGGCCUCUCUGUAUGAGCAACUGAUAUGGGAGCGUCAGUUAAGUCUUCCUCUCUACCUUUGGGCCUCCAAGGCUCUGGAGGAGCUGGCCUGCAAGCUGUGUCCCCACGUGCUGAGACUCCCCCAGUUCCUACAACGUUCCUCUCCCGGGAACCAAGGCCUGGGCUUUCAGCUUGUGUCCCCCACUCUGGAUGCUCUGACUCCAGCAGAAUGCCACCCUCGCAAGGUCUUCAAUGAGAUCCUCAUCGAGCCACAUCGCUGUCCUCUUCUGAAAUACUCUAGGCUGCAGACCCCCUGCUGCUUCCCACUGCUGGCCACCUUGCGAGAGGAGGCAGAGCGCAGGGCGUGGGCCUCUUUUGAGCCAAAGGCCCUCCUGCCCCUUCCAGAAGCUGCCCACCUAACCAGCAGCCAACUCAAUCACCGCCUGGCCUGGUCCUGGCUCAAUCUGCUGCCCUCUGCCUUUUACCCAACCCAGGUUCUACUUGGAAUCCUGACAGCUUCGUGUCAUAAAGCUUUUCUGCAACUUCGGGACCAAAGUGGUUGUCUGCCUUGCCUGAUCCUGGUCGAGCACUCACAACCCCUCAUGGACACAAAGCUCCUAGGCUGCCUGGUACGGGUGGAGAAGUUCCAGCUGAUUGUGGAGAGGAACAUCCGGAGCGCCUUCCCCUCCUGGAAGGAGCUGGGCCAGACCAACUUCAUCAACAAGCGGCAGGCCAGAAUCUAUGCCCAGUUCUUCCUGGCGGACGCCCUCAUCCUCCCUGUGCCUCGAGCCUUCAUUCAUGCCUUCCCCUCAGGAUCUUCUUCAAUAGAGUCCACCUACCCGGAGGCACCCGUUAUGGAACAGAGCCGGCUGUUCCUAGUGUCCCACAAGGAGGGCCUCAUGAGGCGGAAUUGCUGUGCCCCCCCAAGAAACAGUCCUGAGGGGCCCAGGCCAACUCUCAGUUUCUAUGUGUCCGGGAGCUGGCUUGGGGGCACCCAGAAGAAACAGGGGGCUGAGUGGGGCCCGCCUGAACCCCAGGGAGAUGAGAAUGAGGAUCAGAAGGUUCUCCUCAUCUUCCAUGGCUCUUCAGUCCGCUGGUUUACAUUCGUGUACCCUGGGCAAGUGUACCGACUCGUAGCUCCCGGCCCCCCAACACCCAGGACAUUUGAGGCCAGUGAGUCAUCAUGCAUCUCCCAGCGUCCUCUGGAGCUGGCUGGCUGCGUGUCCUGCCUCGUGGUCCGGGACGAGUGGAUCUUGGAGCUGGAGAGCUCCCAGGACAUUGCUGAUGUACUGAGUGAGAACAGGACACUACCCGAAUCAUCGCUGAACCACCUGCUCAGUGGCAGCUCCAACGACUCCUUGGUGUCUUUCUCGGCCAAGAUUUUGUCACGGACGCUGUGUGAGCCACUUCAGGGGCCUGUGAGGAGGAAGCCUGAGGAUGGCAGGACCACACACCGGGCAGUGAGGCUGACCGUGGUCCUGCAAACUGCUGACUGUGAAUUCCCCCCUCACCUGGACAUCUAUGUUGAAGACCCACACUGGCCUUGCCUGCAAGGAGUCCUCCCAGGAGCCCUGAUCCACUUUAGCCAGCUGGAGAAGAAGGUUUCCAGAUCCCACAAUGUUUACUGUUGUUUCCGGUCAUCCAGUUACAUGCAGAUCCUGAAUUUUCCCCCGGAGAGCACAGUCAGUGUUCCACUGCCCAGCAUCUACCUGGCCCAACUUGUGCGGGGCGACCAAAUCCCCUUCCAGGCCACUGUCUCCUGUCAUAUAGUUUCCGUCUUCAGCCUCCAGCUGCACUGGAUUUGUGCUCGCUGUACCAGUCUCUGCCCCCAGGGCAGGUGCAUCCGUCAGAGCCCUGCUUGCUCCACUCAGAUGUCCAUCAGCCAGGCCAGUAUCAGGCUCCUGGUGGAGGAUGGAACUGCUGCGGCCCUGGUGACCUGCAACAACCAUCACGUGGCAGCAGCCCUGGGGCUGGGUCCCAGUGAGUGGACGGCCCUCCUGGAGUUGGUCCGGGGGCCAGGGAAAGUGGCCUUGCAGUUUACGGGCUCUGGGGCCCAACCGGAGCCGUCGGCCCGGGUCGGUGAGUCCUUAACCCACUUUCUCCGGACGCUGUGUACGAGUCCCUGCGUCCUCCGCCCCAUCGUGCUUGCUUUUGAACUUGAGAAGAAGCCGUCUAACAUCGCCCCUUUAGAACCGCCUCGGCUGCAGCAGUUCGUGUGUGGAGAGCGCCCUCUGCUGACGCGAGUGAACCCCCGGCUGCGGCUGUCCUGCCUGUCCAUCCAGGAGCCCGCGCCCCCCGCCUCGGUAGGGGCCUCUGUCUCCGCGCCCUAAACUGCAAGGCCUCGC